ACCAAUACAAGAUGCAUUGUUUAUGUCCUAUCUUACUUGCAUUUGCACUUGUGGGGUAUUCCUAUGGAGCUACCAAAACAAAGUGCCAAGUUGUACAAGCAUUACGCAAUCAGGGCGUACCAGACAGUGAUCUUAGAGACUGGCUGUGUUUGGUAAAACACGAAAGUAACUAUGUAUAUGAUGUAGUACCAACAAACCCAAAUGGUUCAAAGGAUUAUGGUAUAUUCCAGUUCAACAAUAACUUCUCAUGUGGGAAAUCAGGAGGCACCAGUUCCACAAUUUGUUGGAGAAUUAAUACAUUCGGCUGUGCCGACACUUGUAACUCAUUCACAGACUCAAACAUAUCAAACGAUGCAAAUUGUGCUGUGAGAAUUAAAAAUUGUAAUAGUUUUCGUAAAUGGAAUGGCUGGAAGGACCACUGUUCCAAUGUCCAGGGUUCAGAAUACGAUUACAGUGGGUGCUAGAUAUCCAUCUGAACAUUUCAUGAUGAAAUAAAAAUGAAUAAGAAACAAAUGUAAAAAGUCUUUUGUAAUAAAAACAAAGAAAAUAUUGAA